GCCCAGAGACGCCCCGACAUGAGGCACCGGGAGCCCACCGGCGGCCGGCUCCUGGCGGCCGGGCGGGCUCAGGCUCGCUCCGUUGGCAGGGCAACCGCCGCACGGCGCUGCCGGAGGGUCGGGCCCCGCCUUCCGUUACCCGGGUAACGGGGCGGUGGGCGGGGUGAAGUUCAAUGGCGGCCGAAUCUGGCAGCGAGAGAGGGGCAGCAGCAGCGGUCUACCGGACUCAGGAUCCCGUCCAAAACCUCCGCAUCCGUGUAUGGCUUCAGCGGGUCACCCCAACAACACUCUUCACCCAACAUUUGCAACCUGUUUCUUCCUCCAAGCAAAAUGUCAUCGAAAUGUCUACAUUCGACACAGUGACUUCAGAAAGCAUCACUGAUGGUUAUCGGACAGAUGACCAAGAAGAGGUUGUAGUAGUGCAAGAGAAGCUAUUCAGCCAGUUUGAAAUUGACCUGUUCAAGAAUGAACAUGCCUGCCAGAGUCCGCUGGACUAUCAAUACCGUAAUGAGAUCCUGCGCCUGGAUGAAACUGAAGGGAGAAAGAAUCGCAGAAUCUUUACCUACACUGACUUUGACCGCUACACCAGCAACUGAAGAGCACUCUAAGAGGUGACUACAUCAGCAAAGGAGACUCCAUCCUACCUAACAGAGAGAAUGUCACACGUUCGACGCAGGAGGCAAGAGCGCAGAAUUAUGUAAGAAGGGAAGCUUCUAAGAUCACUGGUCAUAACCUGGGAGCCAACGGAAGAGUUUGUGAGGAGCAACCAUGUUCUGAAUACUCCAGUGCAAACCAUGUACAUCAUGGGAGACCUGGGGCCCUAUGGAAGUAGGCUAGGACAUCGUGAGGAUGAGUAUAUAUUGUGCACCAUUAUGGACAACAAUGGAGUUCUCUCCAUUAAACCAGACUUCAAUGAUCCUAAAGCAGCCUACAGGAUUGAGACGGAGGAGAGAAGAGGGAUCUGUGGUUAUACACCAUUCAAUAAUGUAUCUGUUGAUGUCCAGCCUGAAGAACAGAACAGGGAGAAAAAUCUCUUCAGAGAUCUGUACAACAGACACAAAGACUACCUCACUGCUUUGGUUGGAGAUGAAUUUGAAACUCCUCCUAUGGGUUUUCUUCAGGUGUUUGUGAAUGGUGAAGUAGUGUCAGCUCAUGGCUUUGAAUAUGACAACCUUUAUGUACAUUUCUUUCUUGAACUUCCAGACAAUUGGACCUGUCCUCCAAGCCAGCAGUUGUCUGGAGUGACGCAGACUUGCACUACCAAGGUCGAUGGCCAGGAGAAUGUUGCCUAUUUUUCUUAUCCAUUCAACUUUGAAAUGUCUAUAAGAAGCGAAGAUCAGCCCGAGGGUUUGCUACAGUGGCCAAUGCUUUAUUUUGGAGUGUACUCUAAUGACUUCUGGCAGAGAUAUCGUAUUGAGGGCUAUGGCUACAUCAACAUUCCUGACAGUCCAGGUAGCUAUACAAAGACAUGCCAGACUUGGAGACCAAUCUUGCCUGGAACAUCAGCAGAACUGCGGAGAUUCUUUGUUGGUGGUGCACUUGAGCUUGAAGAUAUGACUUAUGUCCGGGUCCCAAGCACAUUUAAGGGAGAGAGGCUGAGUCGCUUUGGUUUCAGAACGGAAACCACAGGAACUGUAACCUUCAAGUUUCAUUGCAUGCAGCAAUGCAGAACUUUUCUGGAUUCAAACAUGGCAAGAAAAAGAUCACAGAAUGUUCUGGACCGCAUGGGAGGACUUACUCACCAGGCUACCUUCCAUUCUGUGCUGGCGGCAUUUGGGCAUGCUCAGCACCGCAUGCAUGAAGCACGAGAGAACCUUCCAAAGGACUUGCUGCGAACAUCUGCGCUGCUGGAGUCUGAGUCAAGAACGUAACAAAUCGACCCUGGCUACACUGGCUUGAGGCAUCAUGGCCCAGAGACUCAAGUGGAGAAAUUGCUUUCAAUGUAAUUUGAAGCUGGAACACUCAUUGCUUGGUUUGCUCCCAGUUACGCUUAGUCUAUCUACAUAUGUUUCAGGCAAUGCUAAUAUCAUUGAGACAGUUGUAGAAUCAUGAAGUCAAGAGUUCUUAACUGGCCAACAUCUUUACCAUGAAUGGUCGUAUGUACAAGCUAAGGUAAGUAGUGGCAAAACAGGCCCAGGCUUGAUUAAGCCAUCUUGCAGGAUCUUCAUUAAUCCCCCAUGACACUAUAAAAUAUAUGUUGAAGAAGAUUCUUUAUAUAUGGCUUUGGAGUGCAGAUAUGUCCUGUAGAAGACAGACCUGAAGAUAUUGAGUUUGACUUCAGGUCACUGCUGGACAGGCUGAUCUCAUUAACAGCGUUAGAGGCAUGACAAAUGACAAAGCAAGUGGGAGAGAAGUUUGAGUGGUUUACAACCACCACUUCUUCACCUCCUGAUUACAGGCCCAAGAGCACUGUACAGAGAUGAUCACACAUUUGAAUUGGUUUUGCUUCUGUCAGUAUUCACCAUCCAGGUUCACUCCUGAAGAAUAGAAAGUUGGGAAAAAAUGAUCAUUGGCAGUUGGUCCUGGCAAAAAUCAUUUUGCCAGGAGAGGAUAAUUUACAAUAGGUUUUCCACGCAGGUUCAGUUCUUGCACUCAUUUAGAUUGUGGAGCGUAACAAUGAUUAUACGGAAUACUUUUCACAUAUGAACUCUGAAAACUCUGAACCAAUUAGCAACUGACAAAUAUAAACAGCACAAUGAAACUUGAAAUAUUCAGCAUAAGUUAUCAUUAUAUUCUGUUUCCUGUAGCGCUUUCAAGUGCUUAAUUUGCCAAGUGCUACCUUGGACUUCCUGACUCUGGAGUAAUUGAUUUAUAGUUAAGAGAAAAUGGACUGAAUUGGAAAAUGUAAUCUGAAAAGCAUCAGCAUAAAUCUCACUCUUUCAAAUAAAACAGAAUUUGUGUCUUUGGUGAUCCUGCCUUUUAAUCUGAUUGCUUUAUAGAUUUUCAUUAGGUUUAGGUUUGGAGACAGCACUUUGAACAAUAUAAAACUGAGACGAAGUGGCAGUGAUCGCUUUUCCAUCCAGACUUGCAGAUGGAAAAGACUAUAUUGAAGGUCCUAAAGACAUACACUAUUAUUUUAGAAAGGCUAGAUGGGAAGAUAAGCAACUAACAUCAGUUUAUUUUGAGUUGUUAUAAGUUUUGAAAAGCUGUACCAUGUCCAGAGCUGAGUAAAGCUGCAAUAAUCUGAUUAUCUGCUCUUCAUGUGAACAUAUAUCCAAACUGGAUGGUGAAGGGAUUCUUCAAAAGAUGAGAUCGUUAGAAUUUAGAAAGUCAAUUGAGGACCGAGAAACAAAAGCAAGUUGCUGUGGAAUCUGGAAAUGUGCAGCAGAUCAGGUACCAUCAGUAAGGAAUAAAACAAAAUGAGCAUUUUAGUUCUGAUAACAAGUCCUUGACCUGAAAAGUGAACUGUUUCUUUUGCCACAGAAGUUGCCUGACUUGCUGAGAAUUUUUAGGAAUUUAUGUUUUUCUUCAAACUUCCAACAAUGUCUUGCAUUUGUAUUUCGUUAAGUACUGGGAGUGUAUACAGAAUUACAGAUGUCAUCUCAUUAAAGCCUUUCAAAAUGUAACUCGUGCUACCACCUCCUUGCACACCAGAUCCCUUUGUGCACCAACAUUUAAUUACCAUUUUUUAA